AUGGGCCGGACUAACUUUUCCAACGAAGAAAGAGACGCCGGCUAUUGUCGACUCUUCGUCGAGAGUCUUCAAGGACCAGCGCUCGGUUGGUUCACUGGAUUAGAACAAGACUCCAUCAACGACUUCCAUGACUUGUCGGCCGCUUUCCUCAAACAGUACAUCAUGUUCACGAGACAAGGAGCAACUCUCGCCGACCUGUGGAAUCUAUCUCAGGGUGCAAACCAGAGCCACUGCGACUAUAUGGAGAAGUUCAAAGCUGUCGCCUCGAAAGUGCAUGUCCCGGACAGCAUCGCCGUUGACACUCUGAUGAACACCCUCUACUUCAAAUCCCUUUUUCACGAAGAUCUCUAUCGAAAUCCCACCAAGUCGCUUCAAGAUGCUAUCGCCAGAUCGAACAACUUCAUUCGAAUGGAAGAAGACACAUCAGCGAUACUCAAGAAAAUGAACGCGACCACAAAACCAACGACUCCAAAAGCAACGGCUCCUAAGGCACGCCAAAAACCUCGACAGCAUGCUCCGAGCAACAAGCCCAACCAGAAUAAAAACAUCGUCUACGUUGUCGAUGAAAACGAUCUCUCGGGAUCGACUGUCGUCGUGCGCGAGAAAGGCUGGAACGUCUGGGAAAACGACGAGAAGCCGCAAACUCCUUCGGCGCCUUCAAUUUCGAGCCCUGCUCCAACCGAGCUAAACCAAUGGUGCACCUACCAUAAGUCCAAGAAAGCCAAGAAGUCUCAAGACACGGCCGAUGCCCGACCCAAACACACAGAGAACGACAAGCCAGACGAACAGGACGAGGACGAGACACACGCCGAGGAAGAGCAACCUCGUAAUCGUCGACGCGUUCAGGUCAUCCUCGUUCGACCAAGUUCUUCGUCAGACGAAGAGGAAGACAACAAAGUCUGUGACUCGCACGAACACUCCAGCAAGCGACCGAGCGAGAACAACGGACCAAACGAAUCGAACGACUUGAGAAGUAAGCUCAGGCGAAAAUCGCAGACAGUCAACAACAUGCAUGACUCAAACGACGACCUUCGCUCGGUCAUCGAAGAGUCCAGAGCUAAAAGAGUCGGAAGUACCAGCGUUCGACCCUAUCUAAAGCCCCGAGUCGUCGACCUUCGCGAUCAGCUCAACUCGAAAUCAGAAGAUCUAAGGAUCAAGCUCAAUCGACCAAAGCGUUCCGACUUGAGACGAAAGCUGGAAGAGAUGAAAGCCGAAGUCAGCGACAAACAGGGGUCCAUCGUCGAAAAUUUAUCCAGUGACCUGAGGAUCCAGCUGCUGAACAAACGGACCGAGCGCGCCCCAUUCCUAAACGUAAUUAUGGGAGUGUCGCCUCGUUGCAGCGACUCGGUUCGAUCAGUCAAAGAUCAUCGACGACAGGCAGUAACCUCAAAGAAAUGGCCAUCAAAACCCGAGAAUGAUCACCCGAUCACGUUCUCACCUGACGACGCCAUCGGCGUCCACCUAACUCAUAACGACCUUCUACUCGUCGAGUUGGAAAUCGCAAAGUGUGAUGUCGCCAAAGUUCUGAUCGAUACUGGCAGCUCAGUCGAUCUGAUCUUUCGCGAUACACUCGAUAAGAUGGAAGUCGACAUGCGCGACAUGAAGCCAUCAUCUCGUUCUCCCACAGGAUUCAACGGAGCUUCCGAGACGAUGAUCCGGACAAUCAAGCUCCUAGUCUACGCAUGCGGGGUAACGCGCACUGUUAAGUUCUCCGAUAUUCGAACAAAGGCUCCAUAUAACGCAAUCCUCGUAACCCCUUGGUUACACUCGAUGAAGGAGAUAUCAUCAACGUAUCAUCAGUGCGUGAAGUUCCCAGGACCAAACGGUCAAGUACAGACACUUCAAGGAGACAAGCAGGCCGCACGCGACCUACUGAUUGCAUCGGUAAAGAUGCAACAAUCGAAUCCUCGCAUCAACGCGAUAUCAAAGCAGAUUCAGCCUCAGAAAGACGAAAUUAUAGAAGUCUCGAUUAACAACUCCGACCAAAGUAAAGUAGUUCGAGUCGGCACAUUCCAAUCCGAAGAAAUGCAAAGCGCGAUCAUUGACUUCCUGAAGCAUAACAUGUCAACUUUCGCUUGGACAACCUCGGACAUGAAGGGCAUAAUUCCCGCCAUAACGUCCCACGAGUUGAAUGUAGAUCCAACCAUCAAGCCCAUCCGCCAAAAAAGAUGCAAGCUUGGCCCCGAGCGAAGCAAGGCCGUCAACGAAGAAGUAGAGCGACUACUUGCAGCCGGUUCAAUCGCAGAGGUGCGAUAUCCAAAAUGGUUGGCAAACCCGGUCGCCAUCAAGAAGAAAAACGGAAAAUGGCGCAUUUGCGUCGAUUUUACCGAUCUAAACAAGGCAUGCCCCAAAGACAGUUACCCGCUCCCGCAUAUCGAUCGACAAGUUAAGUCGACUGCUAGAAACGAGCCCUUGACUUUCAUGGACGCCUUCUCAGGCUACAAUCAGAUCAUGCAUCCAGAUGAUCGAGAAAAGAUAGCGUUCAUCACUGACAGAGGGACCUACUACUACAAAGUAAUGUCAUUCGGCCUUAAGAACGCCGGCGCGACUUACCUACGACUCGUCAAUCGAAUGAUCACCGACAGACUGGGAAACAAGAUGGAAGUCUAUAUCGACAACAUGCUGGUUAAGUCACUCCGCGCGGUGGACCAUCUGAAUCAUCUAAUGGAGUGCUUCAAAACGCUGAACGAGCACGGGAUGAAACUCAACCUGACAAAAUGCACCGUCGGCGUUACUUCAGGCGAGUUCUUGGGUUACAUUUUUACCCAACGGGGAAUCGAAGCAAAUCCUAAGCAGAUCACCGCAAUACUUGACCUUCCUAGCCCGAAGAACAGCCGAGAAGUCCAGCGACUAACGGGGAGAAUUGCAGCGUUAAACUGCUUCAUCUCUAGAUCUACGGACAAGGGUCUCCCCUUUCACGAGCUGCUACACGGAAACAAGCGUUUCGUCUGGGAGGAAAAGUGCGAAGAAGCGUUCGGACAGCUCAAACAGUAUCUUACGACUCCUCCCUUGCUAUCCAAACCAGAAGCCGGUGAUACACUCUCCCUCUAUAUCGCGGUAUCCUCUACUGCAGUCAGAAGCGUCUUCAUUCGAGAAGAUCGAGGCGAACAGAAGCCAAUCUUCUACAUGAGCAAGCGAAUGACCGGCCCAGAAACUCGAUACCCCACUCUUUAG